AUGUCUCAGAUCAUCGAGCACAUCGUCCUUUUCAAGGUCAAAGACAACGUUGACUCCACCAAGAUCGACACCAUGGUCAACGACCUCAACAGCCUCACCACCAUCGACCAAGUUCUUUACAUCUCCGCAGCUCCAAUCCACAGUCUCAAAUCCACCUCGGCCUUCACUCACGUCCUCCACAGCCGCUACAGAUCCAAAGAAGAUCUCAGCGCGUACGUCGCACAUCCCGACCACCUUCGCGUCGUUGAGCAAACCAUGCCAAUAUGGGAAGACAUCAUGUCCGUUGACUGGAUCGCCGAUCAAGUCCCUCGAGUCCUAAAACCUCCUGCAGGUUCUGUUGCGAGAGUGACGUUGCUGAAGGUGAAAGAUGACGUCACCGACGAGGCGAAGAAGGAGAUUGUGGAAGUGGUUAAGGAGAGGUCUGAUGAGAUCAGUGUGGGAGAGAACUUCUCUCCGGCGAGAGCAAAGGGUUUCUUGAUUGGAUCGGUUGUGUAUUUUAAGGAUCUUGGGGAAUCUGAGGCUCACGAGGAGUUGGUGAAGGAGAAGGUUGGUGAGUAUUUGGAUGAUACCAUUGUUGUUGAGUUUGUGGUUCCUCAUAACCUGUAG